UCAAGCCGCUCAAUGUGAUAGAUAAAUGGCCCUUUUUCUAUUUAUUUUCUGUAUUUUUUCAAGCUUGCCUUGUGACAACGGGGAGCUACAGCUUCAAAACUAUGAGGACUGUCAAAAUGGAAUUUACUGCAAAAGAAGAGAACAGAAUCUGCCCAUUUGUCCAGCAGGGUUUUUUUGCCCCGAAGGAAGCCCCACACCGGUUCCGUGUCCCCCAGGAACUUUUCGUUCCGAAGGAGCCCCGCUGACAUCGCGCAGCUGCUUGACAUGCCCGGUGGAUUUUUUUAAUCCCAUUUCGGGCCAAAGAGCCUGUCUGCCAUGCGGCUCGGAGGCAGCGCAGCCUGCGGAAGGGCAAGAGACCUGCGUCUGUCUUGGGAAAGGUCAAGUGUUUCAGCCCCGUGACGCUCACUGCACAUGCCCUCCAGGUUACUGGAGGUCCUUCGGUGACGGAAGGCGCUGUGUCAGACAAGCAUACGAUACCUGUCGAGAUUCAGCCUCCCGAAAUCAGGAAGGACAGUGUUUAACCAAGACAGGAUGGGUUCGUUAUUGCUCUGAGAAGGUUUGUCCAGUCCCCACAGAUUAUCAAGGCUACGACAAGGUUCUUGGCCUCUGCAUUUGUCAGCCUGACAGUCUGGAGAGUGUGUGUAAUUCUCAGUGUAGAAGGCAACAAAGAGACACUCUGCAGGUCACCCGUACCGAGAAAAACACUCAGCUUUUUAUCACUUACAGAAACGGGAGCAAGACUGCUGUUUUCCUAGAAGAAUUAAGAGCAGUUCUACUCAGACCGUAUUUCUCUUUUAAAGACGUCUGCACCUCGGAACAAAGCAAAUACACCCAUCCAACCUACAUCGUGAAAAUGAGUGGGAAAGGAUUUUUAGGGGUGUACAACCCUGACCCACAACUAUUCCACAACUUCAUCAUGCUGAACGAGGCUUCAUCACAGCACAAAACCACCUCUUCAGCAACAACCCCAGUUAAGUCUGGCCAUGACGAACGCAGCUGCUCCCGGGUCCAGAGCCCGAGACCUUCAAACUCCACCUCAAAAAUCCUAUUUACUGGCAUCUUAAAUCCUACUACGUGCAUUAAUGUUAACGUUAGCAUCACGUUCGUUGUCUCCAAGGAGCACUACCCUGUCUACGACGUAAACAACCUGUACAACACAAACGCUGAAUUCGACUGGGGAGACCUUCGACGCCUCCGAGAGGAAGUAAAAGAGGCCUCCCACGAAUUCCUCAUCUUCCUUUUCCAGUUUCAGUACGCCGGUACCUACGUGCUGCGGCUAAGUAGCAAUCAACACAAAAAAAUGUACAUUAGGGUGAUGCCACUUGGGGGACAGUGUUACGAAGAGGGGCCGUUCUUCCCCACAACACCCAGAUACGUUGUCCAGGUGGGCAUUGCAAAAAAACGAGACCUCCUACUGAAACCCGACUGGACAGCAAUUAUUGGAGUAAUCACAGGACUCCUCCUGUUGCUUAUUGCCUCUGUGGUAUUGACACUUCUUUGCCAGGGACUCAGCUGGCACCAGAAAGGCACCACCUGCCCUCCGUUUCGACGGCAGCAGAUCAAGUAUAAUCUGGACAGCUACUCCUCCAACAGAGCAAGACUCUUUUCCAUUCAAAAAUGUCACCCCUCGCUGCAGGACAAAGACUGCGUCCUGAAAAAGGGGGAUGGUUGGGAGCCUGAAGAACAGGUAGACCUUGAGUCAUUCAAUACCAACGUUUUCUUUGACGUUUUGCUGAGACAGUCGCUAGCCAUCACAACCAAACUGGGUCACUUCACAGAAGAGGUAAAAACUAUAUAUCACAAGCUUACCAGUGAAAUAUCUUCAUUGAAAAACCUCUGGAUAAAGACACUGGGCAUGCCAGAAGAGACAGAGGCUUAUGAGAGCACACUAGCAGAGGCUUACCUAAAAGCAAACCAGCAGGCAGAAGAAGAAAUAGAGCAAAGGAAACAGUUGGCUGCUGAGUAUGAGGAAAGUGUGAACAAACAGAUGCACUUGUUACAGCGUGAUCUGAAAUGUCAGGAGGAGCACUGCGUCACCUUCAAUUCUGUCCUGCGAGAGGCGCUGAAAGUGGCGGAGAUGCUGACGAAUAAAGUGGUUUGGGAAGGAAACCAAACAACGCAGCCCCGGCCAGACUAUACGAGCCUGUUAGCCCAGAUGGAUGCUGCAAGCAGCAAGAUGUCAAGCGUCAUAACAAAGGAGAGUCAUCGCCUCAAAGCAUGGGGAGUGCUGGGUGAAGGAAUGGGAGCUCACCUUCUUAACAAAGAUAAAACCAGGAUAAUUACCAAGCAGGAGCUAAUGGACUCAAAUGGCACUUCCCGAGCACCCGACGUUGUCUGCGUGGAUCCUGUCACCGGACUGCUAACUCCCUACCCACACUGCACCAUGCUGCUGGCAAGUCGGUGCCCUGGGCCGGUUCCUCCCAAUCAUUUUUUGCAUCCUGAGACUGGAAAGGUACUUCACGUAGCUGGUAACAUCGGGUACGAUCCCAUCAGAUCUAGGCUGGUCUGUGCUGUUGAUUCUGCUUCAGGUAAGCGUCAUAAUCCCGAAGUGCCAAUAUUUCCCUACAUUCCCUACCCAGUUUGUCCCAACACUGGCCUACCUGUGAAGACAAAACUUCCAGUCCUGUGCCCGGACAAAAUGUUUGCUAUGGGAGGACUCAUGCUAGAUCCAGUGACAGAAAUAGAAGUUCCAGUGCUUGGGGUUACGAUCCACCCUCACACUGGGCAAAAGCUGACUGUCGGUGGGACGUACCUUAACCCCCUUACUGGCAUGUUGACACCUCUGGAGAUUGGGGGCCCUAUGACUGAUCCAGAGGGAGGCAAGAUCGUUCCAAUACUCGGAGUCGGUUUGGAUAGUAACACUGGAGAAGUUAUACCUCUAGGCGGGCUGGUGGGUCCUUCUGGAAAUCUAAUGCUUCUUGGAGAUUCCUUCACCGAACCUCUGAGUGGAAAAAUUGCCCGGGUACACGGAGCUCACCUUCGGCAAGACAAGGUGCUGCCCCACAGUGGAGGUUACCAAGCAGUGUUGGAAGCUGACUGGCUGGUAGCACAGACCCAUGUGGUCAAUGCUCUGAAGCACUUCAAGGCAUCUAUCUCGGAAGAUUCCUGUCUAGUAGCAGAGAGAUUAGCAGCACUAAAGGCUUCAGUAGAAGAUAUGAAGAAGUCUUUCACCACUAGGCUUUAUCAUGCAAUACAUUGCUUGCAAAGCCUGGAGAAAAAACAGCAAAUAGCUUCAAGUCUCAAGAGUAACGGUGGUAAACUGGGUAUGAUCAAAUAUCCUGGCACGGAGCUGUGGAUCCCUGCAGUGUUUGGAAUGAAAAUCCCAGAUCCUGGUGGGUCCACUUUGAUGGUGCCAGUUCUGGGACUAGACUGUGACUGGAACACCAGGCAGCCUUCCCCUCUCGCAGGAACCAUGGAAGACAGACACGGAAAAGGCCUUGUCCCCAUCACAAUUGGUGCCAAAACCAUAAGUCCAAUUACGGGUGAAACCGGGCCCGUUAUAGGUGCUCAAACCAACCCCUGGACACACAAUGUAAUUCCCACUGUUCAGUCUCUUGGAGUUUUACCCAGAAGAGCUGCAGAUCCAGAUCUGCUGGACUUUCUAGAAAAGGAAAUAAAUUCAAGGCACAUAUACUGGCAUUGCAGAAGUAAAAAGGAAGAAGAGCUUCUUAAAAAGCUGAACUCUCUGUUUCUUCAUGUUCUUGAUGCUGCAACAGAGGGAAAAGCACAGAAGAUAAAAUACAAGGAAAAAGUGAAAGACAUUGAGGAAAUGUGCCGUUUUCUUAAAGGAUCCUCUUUGCAGGAAGCCGAGAGACGCACCUCAAAAUAUUUUAGUAGCCAGCUGGCCACCGAACUCUCCUUGCUAUUCAAAGCCGACAGAGAUGAAAGAGAACAGGAAAUGCAGGUUCUGCUGGAGAUCAGAAAGGCACUGGAGAAGCUGAUGGAGUUCGCUGAAAAGAUGCGACUAGAAGAACAACGAAUAUAUAUGCAGCUAAUAGAGAGAGAAAAGCAAAGGAGCCACAUCUCAAGCACCGAGCCAGGAACAAACUUGAAGCUCAGAAAGGUCAUAUUUGCCCUAGCCUCUGAGUCUCAGGAAUGUGUCCUGAGACAACAAGCCAGUGUGGAGACUGCGUACACCAAACUGGAAUAUUUGAGGGACUUGUCAAACGUCCAAAUGCAGCAGACAAAGGCAUUUCUCUCUGGGUCACAACAGUGUUUUGAAAACUAUCAGACAACCAGAUUUUAUGGCAUUAGUGGGAUCUCACGUAGUACAUGCAAGGUCAUCCAGCAAAACCUGGUCUCAUUACUCAAGUCUACGGUUCAGAUGCUGGAGGAAAAUAGCAAAAGUAGUUUAUCACCCGAGACAUCAGGUGGUGAUAAAACUAAAUGUAUAAAAGCCUCUUUCCUUCUUGGUCUUCUGAAAGAUGUGAAUGACGAGCUCCGAAGCCAUGCAGCGGCAGCUGGACUCCUGGGAAGUCAAAGGCUGGACAAAGAAACAGCAAAUACUUCUGGGGGUAUACACGAUGCCUUGAUGACUCAGGACGGGGAACUAACCGUCGUUGAUCCUGCAACCCUUUCUGCAAGGGAGUUUGUCAUUUAUCAGUACGGCAUCUCCAUCCUCCAGUUUCUCAGACUUCACAUUGAUGCUCCAGAAAUUAACCUCUGCGUUGCCUCCAGAAUACCUCCUAGUAACGCCCCGGGCAACGCCUUCAGAAACUCUUUCUUUUAUCAGGAUUCAAAGAACAAUCUCUUCGUUCUAAGGGACUGCCUGAGUUCUGUAGGAAGUUUCCUUCUCCUCCUCGUGCACUGCUUAGCUCACAUCGCUGCUGCUGACUUCAGUCACGAUGCCAACCCACUUUUCCUGAGGCUUUUUUAUCAGGCACUAAAGGCUUGUCUUAGUGAAACAUUCUCUCUCAAACUCCAGCUCUCGGCAGUUUUACACAGUGAUAAAUCUCACGAGAUAAGUCAGAUAUUGCUAAAGGAAGAACCAUUCUCCAAGGAGGAAAUAAAUCUCAUCUCCCAACUUUUUGAGGUGAAAGUGAAAAGUCUCACAGACACGGAAGCCUUUGAGAAGAACCACCUCUUGCUCCAGACGAAAUUUCAGGAAUCACUAAACAACAAGUGGCUUGUGAGGAAAAAGGAGCAUUUCCCUCAUGCCUCAAGCAGCUCUGAAAAGGGCAGCUCUGGAUGGAGGACACGCUUUGAAGAAGAAACCUGCACUCACUUGUCCCCUUCAGAACUUGAGGAUAAAGUGGAUGUGUUAACUGAAGAGCUGGUGCAUAUCAUAGAGGAUGAACAACAGUUUUUAAACAGUAAAGGCAACGAAGACUUGCUUUUUUACUACCUCGAAAUAACUAGUUUGGAGAAAGACUGUUUGGUAAAACAAAUAAAUGCAUUAGAAGAGAAAAUAGCCCUAGGCAGGAAGCUGUAAUGGUACUCAGAAGAGGACUUGGUGGUUUGGUUUUAACCUGGUCCUCUGCAUUUGUCCUCAGGCUUCAAGCCAAGGUCAAUCUUGUAUUUUUGUUUUAACUACAGUGUAUUUUUCCCCUUCAUACUAAAGGCUCAUUAAAUUAGGAGUGAAAGCAAUGUAGUCAUUUGAGUGACAAGACUUUAGCCUAAGUGACUUGACAUUUCUGGUUAUAUUCAAGUGGUGAAGAGACAAACACGGUUGCAAAGGCUCAAACUCAGUUUCCAGAAACAGAAGAAAAAUACAGGAUCACUCAAAAUUCUGCUUAAUGUUUAAAAAAAAAAUAAAAUGAACAUAUCACUCCGCUACACAUUCCGAAGCCUCUGUAGCCAUCAGCUGAUAGACAGACUUUUC